GUUCACGUUAAUCCCAGACUUGAGAUACAGAAGAAUUUCAAUAUUAAAGCAGGCGGAGGGUGGUUUUGAACUCUCCGGGGUUAGCAAGGAGUCCCAGGCUUUAGGCAGACUAACCGGAUACAACUGGUUGUGUUCUCUGUGUGUGGGUCGAAUGUCCACCCGAUUUGCGUUCAACGUCUGUGUACAUAUAUAUUCCAUGUGCACUGUCUAUCUGAGUGUACAGUGUAACUAAACCAGUGCCCACUGACGGUGGAGACGGUAAGGGUAAUAUUUCAGAACGGGAAAUGAUACUCCUACCUUCCCACUGACAUUGUGCUGAGCAAUGAAGGAACGUUGGAUUCAGGAACAGGGGCACUGGGACCCGGAGCUAUCCGGCCUUCGUUCAGUCCAGUUGCCAGUUUUUCUGAGCGCCUUGCCUCCUCCCCUCUUCCUAGUGCCAGUGGGGGCGCGAUUUCCUCUUGGAAUGAUGCGCAGUUCAAUCUCGCCGCGACAUUGAGAGCUUCCCCGCACAAGUGUUGAAUACUGAACCCAACCGAAUGUGACCCUUUGGGGGCUGUGUCCAAUCUGCAGACAGUUACUAUCUGUCCCCACCACCACAUUGAAUCUGAGAGUUAAAAAGAUCAAUUGGCAUUACCGGCUGUGUCUUGGGGAUGGUAUAUUGAUGGAGUAACCAAAGAUCAUGAACAAUAGCUCGCAGACCAGAUGCUGACCAUGGCUCCAAGAAAACGGAAUAGGCAUGUGCUGGGAUUUCUCUGUUGCUUCCAGAGCACUGAUCACCCAGAGAUCACCUUCAAGGACAGCAGUGUGCCACUGCAGCUUCUCGAAUUCUCCCUCCCAAUCCCGCCCACCGAUGAACUCAACGCCAGGUUUGCAGAACUCGUUGAUGAGUUGGACCUCACUGACAAGAACCGAGAUGCUAUGUUUGCACUGCCCAUGGAGAAGAAAUGGCAAAUUUACUGCAGUAAGAAGAAGGAACAAGAUGACCCUAAUAAACAGGCCACCAGCUGGCCUGACUACUACAUUGAUCGUAUCAACUCCAUGGCUGCAAUGCAGACGGUUUUUGCCUUUGAUGAGGAGGAAAUGGAGAUGAGAAACACGGUUGUCGAAGGCCUUAAGACAGCUCUUAGGACACAACCAAUGAGGUUUGUGAUGCGGUUCAUCGAACUGGACGGGCUUACGUGCCUGUUGAACUUCCUCCGCAGCAUGGACUAUGACACGUCAGAGAGCCGCAUUCACACAUCCGUUAUAGGGUGCAUCAAGGCUCUGAUGAACAAUUCCCAAGGCCGGGCCCACGUGCUGGCUCACCCGGAGAGCAUCAACAUCAUUUCCCACAGCCUCAGGACAGAGAACAUCAAGACCAAGAUCGCAGUGCUGGAGAUCCUGGGCGCGGUUUGUCUGGUCCCUGGAGGCCACAAGAAAGUACUGCAAGCAAUGUUGCACUAUCAGGUUUACGCAGCAGAGAGGACUCGCUUCCAGACGUUACUUAAUGAGCUGGACAGAAGUACUGGAAAGUACAGGGAUGAAGUGCACCUCAAAACUGCAAUAAUGUCCUUCAUCAAUGCCGUGUUAAACGCUGGUGCUGGAGAGGACAAUCUGGAAUUUCGACUGCACCUCCGAUAUGAGUUCCUCAUGCUAGGAAUCCAACCUGUGAUUGAUAAACUGCGAAACCAUGAGAACGCAACAUUAGACAGGCACUUAGACUUCUUUGAGAUGGUCAGAAAUGAGGAUGAGAAUGAACUUGCAAAGCGACUUGACCUGGUGCACAUUGACACCAGGAGCACAAGCCAGAUGUUUGAGUUGAUUCGGAAAAAGCUGAGUCACACGGAAGCCUAUCCACAUUUGGUGUCUAUCCUCCAGCACUGCCUCCAAAUGCCCUGGAAGAGAAAUGGCACUAACAACCAGCACUGGCAGCUCCUCGACAGAAUACUGCAACAGAUCGUUCUGCAGGACGAGAAAGGGGAGGAUCCUGAUGUUGCACCAUUGGAGAACUUCAAUGUGAAGAAUAUCAUUCGGAUGCUAGUGAAUGAAAAUGAGGUGAAGCAGUGGAAGGAUCAAGCAGAGAAGUUCAGGAAAGAACACGUGGAAUUAUUGGCAAGGCUGGAGAAGAAGGAGAGGGAGUGCGAGACCAAAACCCAGGAGAAGGAUGACAUGAUGAAAACUCUCAAUAAGAUGAAGGACAAACUCCAGAAAGAGUCAGCAGAGUUGCGCCAAGCAAGGGAGCAAGUGGUGGAAUUCUCCAUCCAUCUGAAUGAACUGACAAACUCAAACACGGGCGGCCUCUCCUUCCCCCAUCCCCCUCCCCCUGGAGCCCCCCCCUUCUUCAGCUGCGCAGUGCCACCCCCUUUCUGCCUGCCGACGAUGGGAAGCUCCAAGAAGAAGGCCAUCCCGCAGCCAUCGCACCCGCUGAAGUCGUUCAACUGGCACAAGUUGGCGGAGGACAGGAUUCAAGGCACUGUCUGGAACGAUAUAGAUGACCUGCGAGCCUUCAACACUCUUGAUCUGGAAGAUUUUGAAAAGAUGUUCUCGGCCUACCAGAGGCAGCAGGACCUGUUCCCUCACCCUCAGACUAACCUCUCGGAACAGAAAGAGCUGGGGUCCACCGAGGAUCUCUACCUCACGAUGAGGAAGGUGAAGGAGCUAUCAGUGAUUGAUGGACGAAGGGCUCAGAACUGCGUCAUUCUGUUGUCAAAGCUAAAGCUGUCCAAUGAGGAAAUCAAGCGUGCAAUCUUGCAAAUGGACGAACAAGAAGACUUGGCCAAGGACAUGCUGGAACAGCUCCUCAAGUUCGUCCCAGAGAAGAGUGACAUUGACCUUCUGGAGGAGCAUAAACAUGAGACUGAUCGCAUGGCCAGGGCAGAUCGCUUCCUCUAUGAGAUGAGCAGGAUUGACCACUACCAACAGCGCCUGCAGGCUUUAUUCUUCAAGAAGAAGUUUGCCGAGCGUCUCGCAGAAGCAAAGCCAAAGAUCGAAGUCAUCCUCUUGGCUUCCAAAGAGCUCUGUCGGAGCAAGAGACUGAAGCAGCUCCUGGAGGUGGUCCUUGCCUUUGGAAACUACAUGAACAAGGGCCAGAGGGGGAAUGCUUUCGGUUUCCGAAUCUCCAGCCUCAACAAGAUUGGAGAUACAAAGUCAAGCAUCGACAGGAACAUCACACUGUUGCACUAUCUGAUCAUGAUAUUUGAAAAGAGCUACCCAGAGAUCCUCACCAUUCAGUUAGAUUUACUUCAUGUACCAGAUGCCGCCAAAGUCAACCUGGCCGAACUGGAGAAAGAAAUAAACAAUAUUAAGAACGGUCUGAAGGCUUUGGAGGCUGAACUGGAAUACCAAAAGCGUCGGACACGGGACGGUGAAGACAAGUUUGUUCCCGUUAUGAGCGACUUCAUUACUGUCGCGAGCUUCAGCUUUUCAGAGAUGGAGGAUAUGUUAGUCGAGGCGAAAGAUAAGUACUCCAAGAUGCUGAAGCACUUCAGUGAAGACGAGACCAAGAUGCAGCCGGACGAAUUCUUCGGGAUAUUUGACACUUUCCUACAGUCGUUUGCUGAGGCAAAGCAGGACCUGGAGAACAUGAGGAGGAAGAAGGAAGAGGAGGAGCGCCGGGCCCGCAUGGAAGCCAUGUUGAAGGAGCAGCGGGAGAAGGAGCGUCGGUUGAAGAAGGCCCGUGCCGGCAGUGUCUCGGAGGAGGUCGGCGAGUUUGACGAUCUGGUCUCGGCUCUGCGGUCUGGCGAGGUCUUCGACAAGGACCUGUCAAAACUGAAGCGGAACCGCAAGCGGGUGGUCAACCAGCUGGCAGACAGCAGCCGGGAGCGGGCAGUGACUAAGCUCAAUUACUGAAGGGACUGGCUGCAACCCAUCGAGUGCACCUAGGGGGGAUCUAAACGCCGGAUGUUAGGCGUGAGUGUGCACGGUUAUCGGAAAUGGCGUGGAGGAUCCCAUUACACCUCCCUCCACCCACCUCCCCACUUCCCUCAAGCUGCAACUCCUCAGUGGCCCCGAGACGGAGGGAAGGUAAAAGUGGAACACAGGACCUUUUCGUUUUUUUGCUCUCUCCCCGCCCAGAAACAUGACAGGACCCCUGAAUCUCUCUCUCUCUCUCUCUCUCUCUCUCUUUCUCUCUCUUGCUCUGCCUCCACCUCUUCACUGUAAGAGAGUGAGGGCGAAAAUGGGGCCCAGUUUCCCAAGUGCCUGUGCAUGUUGUGCGUCUGUCACCAGCCACUGGGGCCUACCCUUCCGAAAGCCGGACACUCCUGACACUGGCAGCAUCCAAAAGACACGGAAGCAAGAACGUUUUGUGGGUUCGCAGACCUCUGGGACUCAGAAGGAAAGCCACGAUGCUUUGCCAUUACUGUCACCCUGACUUCUUUCCAGUUUUACUUUGGUCCCCACUCUCCUGUCCAAAGGCAUCAAGUUAUCGAUUCUCUCCAGUCAUGCAAACGUUGGUGGGAGCUCACUAACAAAUGUCCUUUCCUGGAGUGCCAAUCCAUAUCUCCUGCUCUCGUCUUUUCCCAGAGCUUCCAGUUUAACCAACAUGAUGGCAACCCAACUGCGCAUUGGAAAAUCGUUGGACUGUGAGCAUAGAGGAGUAACGUAACUGUCCUGAGCAUUUGAUUCCCACCACUUUGGACAUCAGUAAAAACAUAUUAUGACAACAACAAAAAAUAAGGACAGUAUUAAAUGCAGUCAGUGACUCUCUGCACUGAUGGUCACCUGAGCACAUAUACAUGGUAACAGAAACUAGAUAGCCACAGCAAAAAUAUCUGGGCCUAUAUUGUGCAAUAAUUUUCUUUAAGCUUUUAUAGAUAUAUGUAUAAUGUUUAAAGUUUUACUUUGAAAAAAGAAAGUUAGUCCUUUCUGAGAGUAGACUUGUCACAUCCAAUGUGACUAAAAUGAGCAUGGUAAAUUCAUUCAGGCCUUUUUCUCACCAGCACCUCUUGAGCAAUCGCCCCUCUCUCCACGUCAACAGUCCCCUGAACGUCCAAAUAAACCCAAUUUCUCCAGACAUGUUUAAUGCAGGGGAAGAAAGCAUUCUUCAGAACUGAAUCAAAUACCAGCAAGUUAAAGCUUUCUUUUUCCGAAAGAAAGGUUCAACAGGACCCCCAGUACGCCCUGAAACUCAGGCCUGAAGUGGGCUACUAAUUCCUGCUUCUUUCAACUCUCAAAGAGGAAGGAAGAGUAACAACGCAGCACAUAAAGGAAAUGACAGACUUUCUUCCUUGUUUUGAGAUCUCCAGCACGCCCUUCAUUGGGCAGAAGGGGCAAGAGUUUCAACUUUUCUCCGGUAUCUAGCACGUGAACUUUGCCAACUUUAAUCCAUUCCCCUUUCCCCCAGAUGGGGAUACAAGAGCUAUUGCCUACACUAUGUUAAUGCAGCAAGCCAAUGGCCUGUUUAGUAAAUGUAGCACUAUAUUAUAGACGCAUAUUGUUUUUAAGGUUGUAAUGAGUUGUGUGCACAGAUAAAGUGGAAUGAUU